CAAAGCAGCGAACCCGACUAUUGGCUGACGGAUUGUGAGACACCCAAAGAGCUAGAGAUCUAGGGAGUGUAUGAAAGCCCUCGGUUAAGUUCAGGCUCCCUCUGCCACGCAAAGUCGGCCUACAUUAGGUAACAAUGAGUACCUCAGAGUCCUUGGAUCGAAUGGAACUCUGUGAAAGUCUCUUAACAUGGAUCCAAACGUUUGGAGUGGAGGCACCAUGCAAGACAGUAGAAGACUUGACCAGUGGCAUCGUCAUGGCCCAAGCUCUGCAGAAAAUAGAUAUAGUGUAUUUCAACGAUGCGUGGAUAAGCAGAAUAAAGCCAGAGGUUGGGGACAACUGGAGGUUAAAGAUCAGCAAUCUAAAGAAAAUCCUGAAAGGUAUCCUAGAUUAUAACCAGGAGAUCUUAGGCCAGCACAUCAAUGACUUCACACUACCAGAUGUCAAUCUGAUUGGAGAACACUCCGAUGCUGCAGAGCUUGGGAGGAUGCUGCAGCUCUUAUUAGGCUGUGCUGUCAACUGUGAACAGAAACAAGAAUACAUCCAAACCAUAAUGAUGAUGGAAGAAUCGGUGCAGCACGUUGUUAUGACAGCCAUCCAAGAGCUGAUGAGUAAAGAGACUCCAGUCACGGGUGGGAAUGAUUCAUACGUGGAUCUAGACCGACAGCUGAAGAAAACAGUGGAGGAGCUGAACGAUGCUCUGUCUACAAAGGAGGAGAUCGCCCAGAGAUGUCGUGAGCUGGACAUGCAGGCCCUCCUCGUCCAAGAAGAGCGUGAUAGGCUGAGGUUAGAGUUUAAUGAGCUAGAAGAGAGGGUGGCGGCGCUGCAAGAGGAAAAGAGCAGUUUGCUGGCAGAGAACCAGGUCCUGAUGGAGAGACUUAACCAGUCUGACUCCAUAGAGGACAUCAACAGCCCGGCUGGCCGCAGACACCUCCAGCUGCAGACCCAGCUGGAGCAACUACAGGAGGAAACUUUCAGACUGGAGGCGUCAAAAGACGACUUCCGGAUCCGUUGUGAGGAGCUUGAAAAAGAACUUGUGGAUGUGAAGUCCCAGAAUGAGGAGCUUGCGUCACUGGCCGAUGAAGCCCAGUCACUUAAGGAUGAGAUGGACGUCCUCAGGCAUUCGUCUGACAAAGUUUCAAAGCUGGAGGGCACAGUGGAACACUACAAGAAAAAACUGGAAGACAUGGGCCUCCUCAGGAGACAGAAUAAGCUUUUGGAGGAGAAAAACACAGUAUUAAUGCAGACCAACGUUGGCUUGGAGGAAGAGCUUCGAAAGGCAAAUGCCACCAAGGGCCAGCUGGAGACCUACAAGAGACAGGUAGUGGAGCUUCAGAACAGACUGUCAGAGGAGUCUAAAAAGGCCGACAAGAUGGAGUUUGAGUACAAACGCGUCAAAGAGAAAGUGGACUCCCUGCAAAAAGAGAAGGAUCGGAUGAGGACUGAGAGAGACUCACUGAAAGAGACUAUAGAGGAACUGCAUUGUGUUCAGGCUCAAGAAGGACAGCUCACAUCAGGUUUGCUCCCACUGGCUAGUAAUGAUGGCUCCGAUUCGCUGGCUGCUGAGAUCACCACCCCUGAGAUUCGAGAGCAUUUGAUUCGCCUCCAACACGAGAACAAGAUGCUGAAGCUGGCACAGGAAGGCUCCGACAACGAGAAGAUCGCUCUGUUACAGAGUCUGCUGGAAGAUGCCAACAGAAGAAAAAAUGAACUGGAGACAGAGAACAGGUUGAUCAAUCAGCGUUUGAUGGAGGAACAGAGUCAGGUUGAGGAGCUGCACAAGACAGUUGAAGAACAGGGUUCAAAAGCAGACGAUUCUUCAAUUCUAAAGAAGAAAUAUGAGGAGCACAUGGAAAAAGUACAAGAGUUGAACAACGAGUUGUUGAAGAAAAAUGCGCUCAUCGACGACAUGGAGCCUAAAUACAACGCAAACUCCCAACGCGUGGAGGAGCUGGAAGAAGCUUUAAAAAAGAAAGAUGAUGAGAUGAAACAGAUGGAGGAGAGAUAUAAGAAAUACCUCGAAAAAGCCAAGAGCGUGAUCCGAACGCUGGACCCAAAGCAGAACCAGGGUUCAGGCCCAGAGGUCCAGGCUCUAAAAAACCAGCUGCAAGAGAAGGAGAGGAUGUUGCAUUCAUUGGAGAAAGAAAUGGACAAAACGAAGAGCCAGAGAGAUCAGGAGGAGAAACUCAUUGUUUCAGCCUGGUACAAUAUGGGCAUGUCGCUUCAGAAAAAGGCGGCUGAAGACCGACUUGCCAACACAGGCUCUGGGCAGUCCUUCCUGGCCCGGCAGAGACAAGCCACCAGCACACGUCGCUCCUACCCGGGUCAUGUCCAGCCAGCUACCGCCAGAUCCAUGAGGUAGAGAUGCUGGGUGAGGCUGCCCAAAUCUUGCAGCGCAUUCUUUCUUUACGUUCUUUUUCCUGACUAAGAUUGCUUUAACUUUGACUCCCGUGAUGCAAGACCUCCAUCUUUUUCGAACUCAAGCAUAUUUGAUAGGGACUUAACACUCCGAGCAACCUUUCUCCCUGAGCCCCCUCGCAGCCACUUGUUGAGCCUGCAGUGUGUGGUCAGUUGUUGCCACUCAGAUGAUCCGGACCUUAGGGCUCAGAAGAAACCUAUCAUCCCGACAAGUUUUUUACAUUUUUUUUUUUAUAAGAACAAUUACUCUAGCUGUUCAUGCAGUAUUUAUGCACAUCUCUACCUGGGAUAACGUUUGACGUUCGCAUUGGUUUGGCGACGCUGUCUGUUCUGUGUGAUGUCUAUGAUGUAGCUUUAAGGAAGUAACAGCAACAGUGGGUGACAUUAUUGGAUUUAAAUGAAUGUCACUUGAUAACAGUCUUAAAAUGCAUCCGGGUGUCGGAAAAUGAAUGAUUUGCUUCCUUGAUUGUCUGAAUGAAUUAGUGAAAUGAUUUCUGGGAGGACUACAUUAUAUGUUUCACUACUGACAGGGCAGGUUUAUUUGUCUUUUGGAAGGUGAAAGCUUCAGCAAGGUAAAUCUAUCAAUUCCACCAUAGAAGAUGUUUCCUUUUGUUCUUUUGUUGUCAUCUUUGAGAUAAAGAGCCACCAUUGAGCUAAACCAGCUACCAUGGUUUUAGCUUCACCAGCAUUUUCAUAAAAGUUGGACUACACCUCACAUGCCAUGCACCUAAAGUAUGAUUGUCUGCUUUUCAGUAAUCUCAGCGUAACAUGCUUUCCCGCCCAGACUAAACACCAAACUUGUGCCAUAGGAUUAAUGCUGAGUUUGAGGCCUCGGCUCUCUAACCACAAAGCUGACAGUGUGUAGUGUUGCAUAUCAGUCUAGCCACGUCAUCCGAACAAAUUUGAAGGAUUUGCUGCCAUCGUACACAUUAGCGGCCGUCAUAAUAUUAUUUAGACCGAAUGGCUUGUGUCCCCUCGACAGGAAUUCUGAACCCGUGAGCUUCUCGCUGCUGUUUUUAAUCCCCUCAUUAACCCUUUUUUUUUGUUCCAUUUUCUAUCAUGAGUUACCUUGUGUCAACUUUGAUCUCUGUCAGUCUGAAUCACAGUCACAUUAUUGAAUUCAUGCUAACCAGCCCUGCCAUCUGACCAUUGCUUGUCUUUCUCCUCCUUCAACAGCAAUGUCACUGCAUGACUGGCAGACCAGUGACCGGCCCAAGCCUUGUGUGGCCUUUCUGUGGCCUGCACUCACUCACCCCUCGGAUGGGCUUGGCUGAGGCACGCAAUGCAUGAACUACCUGCCCGCGUACUGUUUGCAUGACCCUUGCAUUGGCGCGAGCCUGCGAAUAACCAUCCCUCUGGCUGCGGCAGCAGCAUGAGCACUAACAAACCCUCUGCAGUGUUUUUGCGUUAUAACCUCCUGAUGAAGAGCGGGGUUAAAAAGGAGAACCCUCCAGCCUCCAGUUGAUUUCUUUUUCCACUACCUGGGCUACUCUUCUCUCGCUGUGAAGCUAUUGUGUUACGUUCUCCUCCUCACCCCCCCCUCCCCCUCUUCACAUGGACAUCCCUGCUUCUGCUUCCAUGUAGCAUUCAGCCUGUUACAAAUCAGCAUGUGCUGAAACAUAACACCAGUGAAAGGGGUCGAAUCCAGCAGUAUUGUCAUAAACCUUUUUUUCUUCUUCUUCUUCUUCUUCUUUACAAGCCUUUUCUGUAGUAUUUUUGUGGAUCUUGACCUUGUCUGGCUGUUCCAGGAUACCUCGGUGACAUAUUUCCACACAUCUGUUUCGGCUUGCUUGGUUGGGAAGAUUGAGGAAAUAUUUGAGAGAAGUGACCCUGCAAUCAGUCUGUGAGAGGGAAGAGGAUAACUUUACGCCUCUCUAUUAGAUGUGUUUGUCCAAUCUCAUUUAAACCUGUUACUGGAUUGCAUCUUAGAAGAGAUUUUUUAAAAAUUCCUAUUUUAAGUAUUUAUCACAGCAAGCUUUAGACUAAAUGGGAGCUGGCUGGGCCUCACUGUGUUGUCCUGUGGGUUGUGUGGGCAGUGUGAGCAGAGGAUGGACAGCACAGCUUUUAAACAUCAUUGUUACAAAUGUGCUUUUAUUUGGGAUAAAAAGCCCCCAUUAAGCCUACCUGCAUUGCCUAUCAGCUGAAUAAUCAUUUCCGAUGGUCGGCCAUGCUGCCGUUGAGGCCCGAGCUCACCUGAGUGCAAUUUGUAACGCCUGCAAUGCGUUUGAAGGGAUCAUACACAUUUGGAACGCAAUAUAAGGAAAUUAAAUCGUGCAUUAGCUCAUGCAAGCUCUUGCACGGACCCUUCACUUCAGCCUGACACAGCCAAUCAGUGCAAAGAUGUAGACAGGGUGCAGGUACAAAAGCAGUCCUGCUGGAUCACAGGCCUUUGGCACACAAAUGUCCAGUGUUAUUGUUACAGUGUUGUCAGGUCCCCUCCACAGGACAACGGCGAAGAAGAAGAAGAAGUAGACACACAGAGUGUUAGCGCUGCAGAAACUUUGGUGUUUUUAGGGCUUUGAUUUUAGACAAAUGUCCUAUUUAAUUUUUAUCACCAGGGAAACUCUGAGGCUAAAAACCACACCAGGACUUGAGGAUAUGCAGACAUGGUGGAUGUAAACGCAUCCAAUUAUUUAAAUGUAAGAGAUGUUUGAAUCCUCCAGAUUAGUGCCUUUUCUUAAUAACAAUAAAAACAUUCUGAUUUGCAGGAUUAAAGGCAGUAAUGAAGUAAGGCAUGUUGCCUGAUGAGCUGGUUUAUUGUGUUAUUUAAGAAAAAAAGGUUUUGGUUGGGCUUCAUUUCCAUAACGAGUUAGGAUUUAAGUAGGCUUAAUGAGGGCUUUUCCUUUCAAUUUGUCGCCUGUUUUAUUGUCUAUAUUGUAACCUUAGUUUAAGUCAUACCAUGCAUUUUAUCUUAAAGGCUUAUUUAUUCACCGCUUGUACAGCAGUGUUAACAUUUGUUCCUUUUUUUUAAUCACUAGUAUUAUUAUAUGAUCACUUAUACUGUUACAGCGGACGUAUUGGAGGUAAACAUAACAGUCUCCAAAGACUUACAGCACAAGGAGAACAAAUUCUGCUAACUGUUACAGAACAUGUACCUCCAGUUUCACCAGUGUGGUUUCUUUUUUAUUUUUGUUCUCUCUAACAAAAAAAAAAACAAGAGCAUCUUCACUCGGUGGUGAACUAAAUCUGUGGUGACCAUGCAAACAAUCAUUCGUUCUUAAGUUUUGGGAGGGCAACAAAGUUUGUUAGCUGCAGAGAAAUGCACAUUUAAUUGCUUUGAUAUGACGUUGGCAGCGGAAAUUAGCCGUCAGAUCAAGUUGUUUUCCAAAGCUGAGUGGUGAAAUUACAUUUGCAGUGUGAGCAGGGCCAAGAGGUGACAUGUCCCGUUCAGGUCUCCUGAGUUUCGCAAACCACCAGCGGUUAACAACCCGUUUGAUCUGCAGGCUGUACUACACAGAGCUAUUUAACCGUCCAUCCCUGAGAUUUGGUUUGGUGAGAAAUCUGUAUAUCAUGGAACCCAUCCAUGUUGUGGUUGACCUGUUGAAAUUAUAUCAGGGAUUUGGGGAAACCCGUUAUUGUCUUUAAUAUUUUCUAAGCAGAUUGUGGUGUUUCCAUUUCUCCCUCUCAAGCUGACCACUGGAAUUUUUUUUUUCUUUUUGCCUUUAUUUGUCUGUGAUUAUCUUUCAUUUGAGCUUGACUUCAGAGGUCAGCCAGUGUGAACAAUUUUCUGACCUUUUCAGUACCAAUUACUUGUCAUUUGAUUGAAAAGUGACGUUAAAAUGGCCAAACUAAAACGCAGAAUCUGUUCUCAGUGUUUUAAGAGCAAUCAUUUAAACAGUAAUUUAAGCAGCAAUCCAUGAAACACCGUCAUACAUGAGUAAAUUAAAAUCAAUGCCCAGUAUUUCUUGACUUCAAAUCGCACUUUGGUCCAGAAAAUGUAUUAUAAAGGUAAUAAAAAUAAGCUUAAUAAGGCUGUUAACAGGUCAGAAUCCCAACAUGUGUCGUGUUUGCUGUAUUUAAUUUUUUAAUUCAUUGGAAAAUGUUCCUUUACAUACUGAAGUAGCAAAUAACCUUGCAUUUGCCAAGUUUUUUAUUGCUUGUAUACAAACACUUUGUACAUACAGUAUGGUGGCAUAGGAAGUGUCUGGGCUGAGAGAAUAAACGUGUCGAGUUUGAUGGGAUUCAUUUUACAUCUGUUCAAUGAGGACAUAUUGAUGGAAAUGUGCUUCCUACACCUCAAAACAUGGAAACAUUGUAAAUAAAGCUUGUAAAAAGAAACAUUUAAAGGCAG